UUCUAUGGCGGGUAGGGGCAAUAACUUUGCCUCGUAAUUGACGAAAAGACCCAUGGCUUAUCUACAGAGAGUCAAAGGCGAUGAAUCCCAAGCUUGAGGACUUCCCUCUCUGCGUUUCCCUCCAAAAAUGUUACCCAAUCUAAACCUAAUCUCCUGCAAUUUAUCAUCCUCUCCAUCACUAUUACUAAUCAAACCGGUAAACUCUAGGAAUUCGUUUCAGUCAAUUCCCAAAUUCCAAUUUGCUAUAUCUAAAGUUUCAUUUUUCAAAACUGUAAUAAAUCAUAGAAUUUCUCUUAAACCUUGCAAUAAUCUCUCAGUUUCAGCUGCAUUUUCCCCAUUUAAGAGACCUGGGUUUCUUCAAAUUUAUAGAAGUUCUUUUAGUAUCAAGAAUUCAGAGAAUGAUGUGUUGAAGAAGAGUACAAGUGAUGAAAGUAAGCUUGGUAAUAGUGGUAAUAACAAUGGUGGAGAUUGGACGACUUCAAUUUUGCUAUUUGGUCUAUGGGCUGGACUUAUGUACUAUGUUUUUAUGCUCACCCCCAAUCAGACACCGACCAGGGACAUAUAUUUCUUGGAAAAGCUCUUAAAUUUGAGGAGAGAUGAUGGAUUUGAGAUGAACCAGGUGCUAGUGUCAUUGUGGUACAUCAUGGGCCUGUGGCCCUUAGUUUAUAGCAUGCUUUUACUUCCGUCUGGUAGAAGCUCAAGAAGCAAAGUUCCUGUGUGGACAUUCCUAGUUCUUUCUUGCUUUGGUGGUGCAUAUGUUCUUCUUCCAUAUUUCGUUCUUUGGAGACCACCUCCACCUCCAGUAGAAGAAGCUGAACUCGAGAAAUGGCCUUUAAACUUUCUGGAAUCAAAAUUAACUGCAGGGAUAUCAGUUGCUGCAGGAUUAGGUCUGAUCAUAUAUGCUGGACUGGCUGGUGGAGAUGCGUGGAGAGAAUUCUAUCAGUACUUCAGAGAAAGCAAAUUUAUCCAUGCCACAUGCCUUGAUUUCACUUUACUGUCAACAUUUGCUCCUUUCUGGGUGUACAAUGAUAUGACUACCAGGAAAUGGUUUGGCAAAGGAUCAUGGUUGCUGCCCUUCUCACUGAUUCCAUUCUUAGGUCCUGCUUUGUAUCUAGUACUGCGGCCACCAAUUCCAGCUGUUGGGCCUGCAUCCAUCACUUCCAAUACUAACGAGAAAGAUUAAUAGAUCUCUCGUUUGAUUGGUUGGUUGAUUGAACACGAAGAAGUGCUGGAAAUCUUGGAGUUUUAUAUAUGUUUGUACGUGCAUAUCUUAUUUGUAAAGGGUGGUUGUCCUUAAAAAGACCAGUUUAACGGUUAUUUUCCUCUUUUUUAUCGGAAAUUAUCAAGGUUUUUCUUA